GAACCCAGCAAACUGGGUUCACCGAACCCAGCAGACACAAAGGAAGAAGAGGAAGAAAGAAGAGGAAGAAAGAAAAAGAAAAAAAAAAACAAAGGAAGAAGAUGAUCGAAAGAGGGGAAGAAGAUGGAUCAAAAAAGGGAGAUGGGUAAAUUUAGAUUAGUUCAGCAUCAGCCCACGCAGCAUCCAACUUCAGAGGAGUUGAGUAUUGGGCAAAUCAAGUUUAAGGCUUUUGAUUUGGGAGGCCAUCAGAUCGCCAGGAGAGUCUGGAAAGAUUACUACGCCAAGGUCGAUGCAGUUGUUUACCUGGUGGAUGCUUAUGACAAGGAGAGGUUUGCUGAGUCAAAGAAGGAGUUGGAUGCUCUUCUCUCUGACGAGGCCUUAACCAAUGUUCCAUUUCUUAUUUUGGGCAACAAGAUUGAUAUACCAUAUGCUGCCUCAGAAGAUGAAUUACGCUAUCACCUUGGACUGACAAAUUUCACCACUGGCAAGGGUAAGGUAAACCUUGCAGCAGACUCAAAUGUACGUCCCCUUGAAGUAUUCAUGUGUAGCAUUGUUCGCAAAAUGGGCUAUGGAGAUGGUUUCAAGUGGCUUUCUCAAUACAUUAAGUAGUUAGCAAUAUGAAAUAGGAAAUAGGAUUUCCUUUCUUUCAUAGUUAUUCCAUACUGAAUUGAGUUGAAACGUUAAGCCUUUCAAAAUCAUUGAAGGUUCUAUCCUAUACAGUUUUCUUUCUCUUUCUACACCUCCAACUUCACCAUGAGAUUGUGAGGUGUAAAAGUACAGGAUCAUUUUUGGUGACUGACCAUAUGUGGAUGAUACUUAACUUGAUAUAUUUUCAUUGCCAUUUCUCUCAAUCACUACUAUUAUUCAUGCACAUUUACAUUGUGAAUCAUGGACUACCACACGACCGCUCUCCUUGUUUGCGGGAUUCAAUUUGAUGGAUUGCUGUUUCUAGGUAAAAUCAAACAAAUGGUUCCCUUUGUAAUACCGUGAAUGAAUUGGAUGGUUUAAGAAUAAGGCAACCCUUCAUUAAUCUUAAUUGGUCUUUUUCACUUCAUUGUUGAACAUUUAUGCUGAGUAAUGGCAAUUAACUGCUUCCCAAUUA